ACAGGUAAGCAGCUAUAGAGAGAGAGAGAGGGAGGAAGGAAAGAAGCACAGAAGACAUCAUGAAUACACCCCAAUACUGCUUUCUGAUGUUGCUUAUCUACUCAGGUGGACCCAAUGCAGGAGCUCUGAAUGGUAUUAGCCCAUUCAUAAGGCAUUACGAAGGCUUGUCAUAUGAUCGUGAGGCCUUACACAGGAGACACCAGCGCGCCAAACGAGAGACACAGCCUCAGGACCAGACACUGCAGCUGGACCUCAGAGCUUUUCUCAGGACCUUCCGGUUGCGUCUGAGGCGAGACACGACGGGAUUAACAGAGCCUUUUAAAGUCUUCUCUGAAAACAGAUCAAGUACAGCAGACCUCUCCCAUCUAUAUUCUGGAGAACUUGAAGAUGAGAGGGGAUCUUCCUGUCACGGCUCUGUCAUCCAGGGCCAGUUUGAGGGUUCUGUCCUCACAGCCAAUGGGACGUAUUACAUAGAGCCCGUCCACAGAUACACCAGCCAGCCCUCACAACACCACUCCAUCAUUUACCAUGAAGACGACAUCGAUGCUCCUCCCAUGGGAAGCAGCCGUGACGGGUUUUGUGGUGCAGAACGUCUGCAGCGCCUUGCCCAAAGCCUCAGACCCAAUCAGGAAGUUCCAGUGUCCAGGUCGAAGAGAACAUUGGACCAGUCUAAAACCAGCUGCCUACUCCAUCUCCAUGCUGACCACUUCUACUACAGGAAGUUCAAGAGUGUCGAGGCUGUUGUGGCUCAGGUUGCCUCCUACGUGAGAGCGGUGAAUGAUAUUUAUGACAAGGCCGACUUUGACGGACUCAAGCUAAUCAACUUCAAAGUGAAAUCCCUCAGUGUCAUGAAAGAGGAGGACGAGACCAACCCCCUGAAUCGGCCCUUCAUCGGCCCAGAGAAGCUACUCAGUCUGUUCUCUGAGAGUAACUGGGGAAACUACUGUCUGUCCUACCUGCUGACCAACAGGGACUACAGUGGAGUGCUGGGGCUGGCCUUUGAGGGCAAGACAGGGAACUGGGGAGGGAUUUGUUCACGACACACGCUCAUGCGGGAUGGUAGCAACGCCAGUCUGAACACAGGCCUGAUCACGCUGCAGAACUACGGCCAGUACCUGCCCCCCCGACAUGUUCAACUCACCCUGGCCCACGAACUGGGCCACAGCCUGGGUGCCCCUCACGAUGAAGGUUUUGAUUGUGGGAACCUGGGUUCUUCUGGAGGGAAAGGCAGGUUCCUGAUGUUCCCUCACGCUACCAACGAGGUCCGGGAGAACAACGAUAAGUUCUCUCCCUGCAGCAUCAAGCAUAUCAGCCGAGUCCUGAAAGUCAAGAAGGAUGACUGCUUUGUGGUCAGUGAUCAGCCCAUCUGUGGGAAUCAGAUUGUAGAGGAGGGGGAGGAGUGUGACGUGGGCCACAACGAGACAGACCUCUGUUGCCACAGCGCCAAGGAAUCUGUGGGCAUCCAGUGUCACCUGAAACCAGACAAGAAGUGCAGUUCCAGCCAGGGUCUGUGCUGUGGGCCAGCGUGUGUCUUGAAGCCGUCAGGGGUCAGCUGUGAGGAGGAGUCAGACUGUCAGCUGGAGAGUGUGUGCUCUGGCCUCUCCCCCAUCUGCCCCAAGCCUGCAGCCAAGGCCAACAUGACCGAAUGCAGUCUGGGCACCCGGGUGUGUCUCAACGGGAAUUGUGCUAAGUCACUGUGUGUGAGGUACGGCCUGGAGCAGUGUGACUGUCUGGGAGAGUCCAAGAAAGAAAAGUGCCACAUGUGCUGCCGACAGCCGGACAAGCCUGCAACCUGUGCCAGCACCACAUCCUCUGUCUUGACCAGGCAUUUCCAGGGAAAGCGUGUAGCCUUGGUUGCCGGGGCGCCGUGUUCAGCCAAGCAGGGCUACUGCGACAUGUUCCAGGUGUGUCGCAUCCUGGACGCUGAUGGGCCCAUCGCCAGGCUGAAGAACUCCUUCCUCCACCUGGUAGACCUGGAUGAGUUUGACGACCUGGCUGAGUGGAUAAAGACUCACUGGUGGGCCAUUCUCCUGGCCAUCAUGACUCUGUCUGCCGUGAUGGUCAGUACCGUGUGCCUGUGUGGACGUACCCUGGACAUGGGUGACCCAGAGUAACCACCUGUAUCUCCAACAGUGGUGGUUGGUGCCGUUCAAGAUUAGGGAGAACUAUUUAUUUUUUUAUGAGCAUGGCCUUAUUUCUAUUACAGCAUCUUGGAUGAUUGUCAUUCAUAUUGCAUUCACUCAGAUCAAUGUAAUGUAGUGUCGAGUCAAAUGUUGCUAGUUAUGCUGUAACAAAGGAGUCCGCUUAU